AUGCGGGCCAGUUGGCUACAGGGCGUCUUCAUUCUCCUUCUCUCGACAAGACAUGGGCAGGCCCAUAGUUGGGUCGAGCAAUUGACAGUCAUUGCACCGAACGGUACAUUUGUCGGGAGCCCUGGCUACUCUCGGGGGAACGUUCUUCGCUCGGAACAUGGCUUCAGCGACACCAAAAUGACCCAUCUGAUCCCUCCAAAUACUCGAGCAGAUGUCAACCUCAUCCUCCCCACGGAUCGGAUGUGUAUGGACUCGCAACUGGAGCAGAAACAGACGGCUGGGAGUCCUCGCCUACAGGCCAAGGCCGGCGACCCAGUUGCCCUGCGCUAUCAAGAAAACGGUCAUGUCACCCUUCCGUGGAAUCAACCUGGCAAGCCUCCCAACAGAGGUACCGUCUACGUGUACGGAACGACGCAGCCCAAAAGACGUGAGAAAUUCCUGGACGUUCACGGAGCCUGGACCGCGGACGGAACUGGAGGGGACAAGCGAGGUGUGCUCCUGUCCAAGCAGAAUUUCGACGACGGGCGAUGCUAUCAGAUCAACAGCGGUAACAUCUCACAAAUACGCAAAGAAAAGUAUGUUCAUCAGGCCAACGCGUUGAUGGGUGCAGACAUGUGGUGCCAGCAGGACAUUCAGUUACCGUCUACUGCGCCAUCAGGCAAACUGUACACCCUCUACUGGGUCUGGGACUGGCCCACUCUGCCCGGCAAGGAUCCCACUUAUCCAAAGGGAAAAGCAGAGAUCUACACGACCUGUAUGGACGUGGAAGUGGUCGCGCAUUCGCCGCACGUCCUCGCCAGUGCUUCUGAAGGAUACGUUGCCAAUCAGGAUCUCAACUACGCGGCCAUUCCUUCCCAAUUCACCCACCUCGACGAUGUUUCCAGUUCAUCUGCCACUACAUCUCCCCUCUUAUCAGCAUCCGCAUCAUCGAUUCCACAUCAGCCGCAACCCGACUCGUUGACGCUAAGCUCAUUGACUCCCCACGAGUCGCCAUCCCCAUCUGCCUUGAAUCUCGACACCACUGCUGUACCCACGGAGUCCGUGACUUCCUCAGCGACAGCACUUGUCACGUCGGUUCCUCAGGGACCUCAGCCCACCUCGACCCUGUAUCUCACUUCCACGCAGGUAGUCCGGAUUCUCACGGUGACCGAGUGGCUCACGACUGAAAAGGUCAUUGAAAAGACCGUCACCGUGACAGCUGGAGGGAGCGCUGCGACGCCAGUAAGUCGACAUCGAUUGGCCCGAAGGAGGUGGAGAGAGUGA